AUGAAAGCAGCAUAUCUGCCGGAAUGCUGGAGCGACGACGAAGAAAUGCGAGGUUUGAUGUCGGCGUUGAAGAAACGCGAUGUAAACCCGGUAAACUUUGACCGAACGAUUGAAUUCUGGAGACGUUUGAUAGCGGAUUAUUGUAGGGUAGAAAAGAAGUGCGUUGUACACUACGAAGAGUUGAGGUACAAGUUCAGAAGAGGCAAUCAACUACCUGCUCCUUUGUUGACAGUUUUUGAAGAGCUUCACAAGUAAGUUUGAGCUUUUUAUGUUGAUUUUUUUUUAUUUUAGGCUUUGUACUUUUUAGAAAGGAGAUAUAAUACAUCUUUAUUUUUAAUGUUAUUUUUUUUUAGAAAACAAGUAUUUGUUCCUGUGGACGAAUUAUCUUCACCAAGGCAAGGCUGGCUUGGAUGGGGAUCGUCUUUGAUGGCCAAGAGUUCGUGGCUGAUGGGAGUGAGUGUUGAUUUCUCAAAGACGAAACUGGUACACAUGCCUACAGUUAAAGUAAGUUAAUUUUUUGGCUUUUUGAGGUUUACGUUUAGACUUUAUAUUGUCCACGAAUUCUUGUGCAUUAUCUGCCAAACCAAGUUAAGCGUUUUACUUUUUUAAUCUUUGUAGCUACUAGUUCCUAAUUUAGGUGUUUUAUAGAUUUUUUUGUCAAAUUUCUCAUUUUUAAAGUAUAUAUUUACAUAUUGUUUUAGGCAUUAGCAAAGAAAAUGUUGGGAUAUUACAAAGAACAAUACGAAAUGGUGGACUGUGCUGAGGUCGUUGGGUAUGAAGAGUUUAAAGCUCGUUGUGAGAAUAUUGUAGAUGGGGAGUCGUUUGAUUUGGUAUUGGACGAGCUGAUGAGACAAGGAGAAGUCAGUGAAGGGCGAUCACAAGAUGGAGACAGAAUUCUCAAGUUUAAGGUAUGAAAACAUUUUAUUUUGAAAAAAUGAGAAGAAACGGUGACCUAUUGUUAUAUGUUGUUAAAAACCGCAUUUUGUUUGAUAUUUUGAUCUUAAAGGCCAUUGUUGUGUUAUACUGAAUGUGUUUUAACAUUUUUUAAAAGUCUGCUAAGUUUUAUUAUUCUAACUAUUUGUAGGACCAAGGAUCUCAAGGCCCGGCCAAAUUCACUGAAGCCGAUGCUUCAGUUCACAAUCUGAGAAGAACAAUGACUCGAUUAAACACAGAGAUCAAGAGGAUUGAACACAAAGUCAAGACAUUUACGAACGAAGCAAAGGAACUGCUGAAGAAUGGCGACAAAACUGGAGCUUUGAUUGCCAUGAAAAAGAAGAAGCGAGCCGAGAAGGAUCUCCUUGAUAAGGAUAAUCAAUGUCAACGACUUCUCCAGAUGAUGGAACAGUUAACGGCUACGAAGCAGACUAGAGAGAUUAUGGAUGUUUACAAGAUGGGUUCUGAUGCCUACAAGAGUGCUUUGAGAAGACAAGGGCUUUCUAUGGAUAAGGUGGGUUAUUUUUAAAACUUCGUUGGUAAAAUGGGUUUAGUAAAAUAUAUGUGAUAACGGAUGAUUUUACACUUCAUAUAAAUCCCAUAAGCAAUUAAGAAGUAGCUUAAACGGUUUUUUACAUUGAUGUUGUAGAUUGACGAGACCAUGGACAGUAUUCACGAGGCCAUUCAUGAAGCCAACGACAUUGAUGAUGCUCUUCGUGAAGGCAUCAAGAACAUGCCAAGUCCUUCGAAUGUCAUCGAUGAAGCAUCUCUGGAGGAGGAGCUGAACGAACUAAUGAGAGAAGAAGAAGCUCCAGCUCUACCAUCAAUGCCAGAAGUACCAAUUCAUGCUCCAGAAAAGGACGAAUUAACAGCCCGACUAAAACGCCUCAGGGAAGGAAUGCCAGCUGUUUGA